GGAAAGGGUAACCGCGAGAUCCACGAAGGCACACGCGGCGAGUUGAGUACAACCGAGUAGCAAACGUUUACUGUCUCGUCGUCAUCAUCCCUCAGCCGCUACCACGAGCCAUGAAGGUCUAUUUACUGUGGCUGCUCUGCUGUAUGGUCCUCCUUGCCGACAGGACCCUCGGUAGCCCCUAUAUCGACGACGAUGAAGAAGACGCAAUGCAGGUCGCAGAUUCCGAUUAUACAGACAAUGCGUUAGAGAAUCUGAUGCGAGCAGCUCAACAAAAACGUACCUCGUUGAUUUACCUGUUCAGGCGGGCCUGCAUCCCGCGUGGUGGAAACUGCGAUCACCGACCGAAAGAUUGUUGCCACAGUUCCAGCUGCAGGUGCAACUUAUGGGGCUCGAAUUGCCAGUGCCAACGAGUGGGCGUCUUCCAGAAAUGGGGCUAAACGUCUUCCACGCCCGGGAUUGAUCGAAACUGAUGCACAAUUCCUAUGAUCCCUUUAAUUUCCACCCCCCUUACCCUUUCUAGAUUUCCUAAUUCUUUACGAUUGUGUUUCACACUGUCAAUGUUUAAUACAUUUACUACCAGCUGGCUGACACUACUCCUCCAUUGGUAAUUCGAUGUCAACAUGAGUCGGUUACUGGACGAUCUAGG